AUGGGUGGAAAGGUCUUCGAGCAUCUCAGCCUUCCCGUGCCCCGAAUGCCCCCAGAACUCUACCAGCGCGUGAUAGCAGAGUGUCAGCCGAAGCUCGAGGCGUUGUUCGAAAGAGUUGUGAUUCCCCGCGAUGCACCAAGCAAAUCAGAUCAUGGCGACAUCGACUUUCUGGUUGGAGGCAUUCUCGUUAAGCCUCGAGGCGAGGACCUGUGGAAGCUGGUAGAGGGCUUUCUCGCAGCCGAUCAUCGCGAAGCGCGAGGCCAAUCCCAGUCGUACGCCCUCUCACAUCCCGAUAUACCAGGGGCCUAUGUCCAGGUCGAUAUCGAGCUAGCCCCUGGCGAUGGAACUCUUGGGGCUGCCGACCUUUUCGAAUGGACAAAAUUCAUGAAAGGCGACGCCGACCUUCUGCAAAUCAUCGGGAUUGCGCAUCGGCCAUUAGGUCUGGUUUGCAACGACCGCGGCCUCCACGUCCGGCUGGAGCAGAUAGAGCCCUACGACAAGCAGAAAGCGCUCCUUUUCCUAACACGCGACCCGGACGAAGCCAUGCGCUUCUACGGCCUCGACACCGACCAGUACGCACAAGGCUUCGCAAGCGAGAUGGAGUUGUUCGAUUGGGUAGCCUCCGGCCGCUUCUUCUCGCCCGCCGUCUUCGAGCAACGCGUCGAGAAGUCAGCCGAUAAGUCUAGACAGCUUAAGCGGCCCAUGUACCGCCACUUCGUCGAAACCUACAUGCCGACACAACCCACGGCUCCCAGAAACUGGACACGGGAGGAAGUGCUCCGCGACGCCAUCGCUUACUUCGACACCGCGCCCGAAUACGCGCACAAACUCGCCGCCCACCGCGCCGGCGAAGCCGAAUCCCAACUCUGGGACGAAGUCAAGGCGCUGCUGCCCGCCAACGACAAGGCGCUCAAGUCUGCUGUCAGGGCGCUGCGGCGCUGGGUCGUGUUCACCGAGCGCCGACCGGCGAUUGACCGGUGCCCCGUGCAGCAUACGGAGUAUCUGCGGUGGUCGGAUUAUGUAGGCGAGGCGAAUAAGGAGGAGGUUUUUGCGUGGGUGGUGCUGAAUUGGCGCGAGGUUAAGAGCCGGGAUAAGGCGUAUGAUAAGCAACCCGGGGGUUUGCAGGAUGGGUGA